AUGGCAUCGACUGACACUUAUGUUGCCUCGUCGCCAGGGAGGAAGAACAAGCCUAUUCCUGACGGUCUCCUCGUGCGCAUUCAAGGUCCAUCAAGGAAGAAGAUAACAGUCUUGACUUUCGAAUACAAGUCGCCCAACGCUAUGCCUGAGGAUAUGUUUGUUGAUUUUCAAGAUAUCGGUAUUCGUUCUUCCGGCAGCAAUUAUGCACCUGCUCUCCGAUUCUGGUGGCCUACUGCUGCUAGCACGAACGACAAGGCCACAAAGAUCCUCACUCAGGUUUGGUGCCAACUCGUGAAACACAACGUCCAUUAUGUUAUACUCUCUUCCUAUCAAGCGACUAUAUUCUUCUACCGUGACCCUGAUUUUCCUGGAAGACUUCAUUUCUCACCUACAUACAAGGUGAAAUCGCCCCAAUCACUCAUCCUGAGUUUCGCAUGGAUGGCUUCUGCACUCGGCUUGCUCUCAGAUGCUAACGUUGGACUGAUUGCUGUUGAUGAUACAUUCACUAAUGAACUCGAAAGGCCCUACCUCCAUGCCUCAGGAAUCGAUGCCAGAGCUUUCGAGAAGAGCCUUAAGAGACUCGAUGAUCCUAUGACGGAAGAAAGCGGAACUGAGUCUGAACACAUCAGCAGUAGCUCGGAUGCUGAAGAUGAAUCACACGAAGACGAUGUCCAGGUGGUUAUAGGACUCAGGAACUUAUUUAUCGGACAAGGGCCUCACAAGACGGCCGGCGAGACUUCGAAUGAAGAAAUACUGAAGACACCUCGUCGUCCUGUUGCACUCGAAGAAGCGGAGUGUGACACACCCACUGCUGGACUGGCCGCAAAAAAACUCACUCAGUCGAAGACAAGGAAACAGACAACUAGAACAACAAAGCCGCAUACUAUGAAGACGCGCGGCCAACGUAGCCGUAGCACAUCUGGAUCUUGGAGUCAAGGGGAAGAGGGGGCAUAG